GAGAUGGCAUGAGUUGGCAAAGAAGGGGAGCAGUUAGUGGCCUCGGGCUUGCUCAGCUCAGAUGUUCAGAGUUGAGAGCAUCUUCUUCGACAGAAGUGAACUUCUUCCUCUAACGAUGCAUUCACCCGCCGCCUAGACGAACAUGAUUCACUUGCUGCUUUCAGUACUUGUGUUGGCUGCUCUAUUGGCAGUAACCCACAGUCAAUCGGCUGUGUAUGUACGAUUUCUUUCGCCUCCCCAUGGAUACAGUCAUGGCCUUCAAGUGCAUUAUCCAGGAGGAGUUCCAAUUGCAAGAGAGGAGCGACUUUUCAUACCAAACCAGCAGUAUCAGCCUCAACAGUAUCAUUAUCCCAAGCCAAUGCGAUCAUUUCACGAACUAGGUAGUCAAUUCCAAGGCUAUCCUCGAACACGUCCAAUGGCAGAACGUCUCUAUCCUAUGGGAGUUUUCUACGGCCCACCUCCAGCAGCUGAUUACCAAAGGGACAACCCUGGUAAUUAUUAUCUUCAUAAUAUUUUUUGUCCUGAAACAAGUACGAGAGAUUUCCAAAUAACUCAGAUGAACUGA